GAUCAAAUCGGUGAGGGGAGUCUUGUCGAUCGUCUUGAACCCAACUGUAAGAAGGAAUCUUCGUCGAUUUGAUCCGAUCGGUUCCUCUUGUCUAUUUUUGUCUCUCAUCGAAUUUCACCUCGGAAGGUUAACUGUGUUGGAAUUCGAAUCGUUUGAUCAUGAACUAUCUUCUUGGAGCGUUCAAGCCCGCCUGUAAUGUUUCUAUCACCUUUACUGAUGGGAAGAAUCGUAAACAGGUUCCUAUUAAGAAAGAUAAUGGACAGACGGUUAUGAACCCUCUUUUCCAGAGUCAAGAAACUAUUGCUGGCAAGGUUAUUAUUGAGCCAUAUCAAGGGAAAAAGGUGGAGCACAAUGGUGUUAAAGUUGAACUUCUUGGUCAAAUCGAAAUGUACUUUGACAGAGGAAACUUCUACGACUUCACUUCUUUGGUGCGUGAGCUUGAUGUACCUGGAGAGAUAUAUGAGAAAAAGGCAUACCCUUUCGAAUUUUCGACUGUUGAGAUGCCACAUGAGACAUACAAUGGCGUCAAUGUACGACUAAGGUAUGUCCUCAAAGUAACAGUUACACGCGGCUAUGGUGGAAGCAUCGUGGAGUAUCAGGACUUUGUAGUCCGUAAUUAUUCUCCACUACCUCCAAUCAAUAACAGCAUCAAGAUGGAAGUUGGAAUCGAGGACUGCCUGCAUAUUGAGUUUGAGUACAAUAAAAGCAAGUACCACCUGAAAGACGUCAUCCUUGGGAAAAUAUACUUUCUUCUGGUAAGAAUCAAGAUAAAGAACAUGGACCUUGAGAUCAGACGGCGAGAAUCAACUGGAGCAGGAGCUAAUACUCAUGUCGAGACAGAAACACUAGCCAAAUUUGAGUUAAUGGAUGGUGCUCCAGUUAGAGGAGAAUCAAUACCUGUAAGACUGUUCUUGACACCAUACGAUCUGACACCAACGCUUACGAACAUAAACAACAAAUUCAGCGUUAAGUACUAUCUGAAUCUUGUGCUGGUCGAUGAAGAGGAUCGCCGUUACUUCAAACAGCAAGAAAUUACGCUGUACAGGCUCAAGGAGGAGACAUCUUGAUGUUUACACAAAUGGAAGAGUGAAAUGAUAAUUUUCAGAACUUUGUAAAGCCUUUUUCUGUAUGCAAUUGGUUUGGGGACUUGGAGUGAUGAAGUUAAAUCAUGUAGUUUGUUCAACGACCAUAAUGUUGUUUGCUUUGUUUGGAGUCAUACGACCUUUUUCACUUCCUUUUCGUUCUUUUUGGAACACCGACUUUGUUCUUCUUUUAUGUGUUUCCUUCCAUAAAUUUAAGCUGAAGUACAAACCGUUUAUUGAAACUGAGUUCUGUACCAUUGUAGUUGAGGAGUUUAAAUUACUAUCAUC